AUGCGUCCUGCUGUUGCUGCGGGGGUUGGAAAUAAGGGGCGCCUUCGGGGAAAGGGGAGGGAGCUGCAGAGCUGGAGGAGGCUGGAUCUCUCCAGGGGGGCCCUGCUCCUUCUGCGCGCCGCUUGCGUUGCGGGAGGGUGGAGAGGCUCCAGCGCCGGGCAGGUGCGGGUCCGAGCAGGUCGUCGACCGGCCCCUGCUCCAGGUUCUCUUCCCCCGAAGCCAUCGCCAGCGUGUGGAGCCCGCCCCACACCCGCCCCCUGCCAAGCCACGGCCUUCACCUGCGUGUUCCAGUGUUUCCCCUGCGACCCGUCUUGUGGGAGCGCCUCGUGGGCCACCCCCGAGUUCACCCAGCGCUCCGUGGCUCCAAUGGUGAAGAUGACACGGUCCAAGACGUUCCAAGCUUACCUGCCUUCGUGCCACAGAACCUACAGCUGCAUCCACUGCAGAGCCCACCUGGCAAACCACGACGAACUCAUUUCCAAGUCUUUUCAAGGAAGCCAAGGCCGGGCCUAUCUCUUCAAUUCAGUAGUUAAUGUGGGUUGCGGCCCUGCGGAAGAACGGGUUUUGCUAACAGGACUGCAUGCAGUUGCCGACAUUUACUGUGAAAACUGCAAAACCACGCUGGGCUGGAAAUACGAACACGCGUUCGAAAGCAGUCAAAAGUAUAAGGAAGGCAAAUACAUCAUUGAAUUAGCUCACAUGAUCAAGGACAACGGCUGGGAUUGAAUGGCGACGAGACACGGGCCGCACACGGGCGAGAGAGCGAGGGAGUUUGUCAUCCUACCAAACAUUUUAUCUCCCGAAAAACCCCCCAUAUAUAUAUAUGAGCGAGUGACUGACAACCGUUUGGUUCCAUGUGUUUGGGGGCUUGUCGUCGUCGUCGUCAUGUUGAGAUGCUUCCUCACAGAACUCCUCCUGCCAUCCUUAGCGGUGACCGGCCUCAAUAACUUCUGUCUCUCUUUGCUUUUGUCUCUUGUUUGUGAGUUGACUUCUGGUCCCCUUCUUCCUCCCUCCCUCCCCUGCCCAGCUCCCUUACUCCUCUGUGUUCUGGCAUUGGGGGUGCGUAUAGAUAUAAGGAGGACUCAAACUCGAUGCCCCUCAAAACCAUUCCCUAAGUGACAUUGUCUCAGUACAAACUGAAGGCUGGUUUUGGGGUGGUGUGUGUGUGUGUUUUUUAAUCCAAGGGUCCCGGCACGAGGGAAGGAGUGCUGGGUCUUCAGACGUCGGACGGGCAGGAGAGUUCCAUCGCCCCCACCAUUUCCCCGCUUGGCCUUUUAAAAAAAAUUCCUGGUCAACCAUGGCUUGAAACUUGUGGACCGCAGAAAAAUAUAUAUAUAUACCUCAUGGCUGUAUCCUCUCAGCAUCUCAAAGACUGUAGCCUAAAAACUCUUCGCUAGUGGCAUCCCCAGACUGGUCUGUGUUCCUCGUUGGUUUGCUUUUUUCUUUUUAAGUGAUCUCUGGAUUUUUGUCUUUUUCGUACUAAUGUUUGAUUUGAGAGGACGGGGUGUGUGUGUGUAAAACGCAGGUCCUGGGAUCGUGGCUCUUUCUCCGACACCCUCUGCUUCUGCCUAGCCCUCCCUGGUCUCCUGUUCCCCAGUGAGCAAGCCCACCCAAACACUGCGGUGCCGAUGUUGGGAGAUCGGAAACUCUUCGCCAUUUGCUUCCCACGAGGUUGACACUUCAAGUGCAGGAAGCGUGUCCUGCUUCAAAAUUGAAUGGAGCGAAUACAUUUGAGGCGGGGGGGGGGAGCAGAUGGGGCCCCAAAAGGAGGUGGUGAUCUAUAUCCUUAACAAAAUUGCUGGCAGUUUUGCAGCCUCCUGACUGCUUGAUUUGGGGGUGUGUGACUGGUCUCAUUAGGAUAAUGGAAACAAACCUGGAUUGGUUCUGCAGAUGAUAAGUUUGGCGACCUGCAGUUGUGCUGUUCAGUGUGACUCUUAAAAAGAACAAAAACACAACAGGGGUGGUGGACUCGGGCAGUAACAAAUGUUUCAGAGCCUAAGUGUGUGUUAAGUUCUGGUUCAGCAGUGGGGGGGGGGGGGGGGGUUGUGUGUGUGAGAGAGAGUUUUGAACAGAGGCAGCUCCAAAAGAAGCAGAGGACUCUAAAAAAACCUCCGGGUGGAGAACCCUGCAGCCUCCCCAGGUGUCGUUGUACUCCAGCUCCCAGCAGCCAGCAUGGCCCAAGGGUCAAGGAUGAUGGGAGUUGUAGUCUAGUAGCACAUGGAGGGCCACAGUUUUCCCCUACUCUGUUAUGUAGUGCUCUCUACUCGGUGCGAGAGAUAGAGGAACGGCUCUGUAUAGAGGUUCACAAAUGAUGGCGGGCCAUUUUAGCCUGCCCACAUCUGGGGCUACUGCCAAUAUUGCCCUUCCCAGUUGGGAAGGAGAGAUGCUGUCUUACUCCUGAUGUUGCACCAAGGUUUAGUGGCCAUCAGAAAGCAGCCAGGCCUCAGUUUCCCAAAGGUAAGAAUCCUUGUCUGCCUCUCCCUACCCACUAUAUUAGAAGAAAUUUCUGUCUCCGUUGGAUCUGGCUAAACCAGGCAUCCCCAAACUGCGGCCCUCCAGAUGUUUUGGCCUACAACUCCCAUGAUCCCUAGCUAACAGGACCAGUGGUCGGGGAAGAUGGGAAUUGUAGUCCAAAACAUCUGGAGGGCCGCAGUUUGGGGCUAAACCAUGUGAACUGUCUGUUAAGAUUUGCAGGGUGUAUGUGGAAUAUUACUUGCCAAUGUUCUAUGUAGGGCCAGGGUUGUGCAUGGCAGAGGGGUAGCCCUCUUUUGAAUCACUCCUGUUUUGCUUCCAGGCCUCCCUCUGGUCAAGUUAAUGAGUUUUUUUGGGGGGGACACAGGGGGCCGCAAGGGGAGAGCUUUGAGAGCCCCCCGUUUUUUGCAUUUCAAUGCAUUGUCAAUGACACUGUGAAUUUGCAUUCUGCAUCAAAGCGAUCAGGUGUCUGACAGGGAAGUCAGACUGAAUUUGUACACAUCUAAAUGAAUUCCUUUCCAUCCUUCCCCCCUCGCUGCCUCUCUAUUUUUCUCAUUCCCCCCCCCCCCUGCUUUAUUGGUGGAAAUCUUCACAUGUAGGUUAAUCUGCUCUGCAAAUCUGUCGCAAUCUGCUGGCAAGAAAGAGAUCUAGUAUAGCCCCUGGUGUGGGUUUUUGUUUUCGUCAGGGCAGGGCAGGCUUUGAGAACCGUCCCGCUCUUAAAAUGCCUCCCCCAGGCUCUUUGGAACCUUUUGUUGAGUUCUGGAGAUUUUCGUGGGAUUCCCUUUUCUGCGGCAGAAACUCAGGUUAGCAGCAGUGGAGGAAAGGCCCGCUUGAGAGUGAUAAACAAAGAGAAAAUUUGGGGUGAGGAGGGAAUUUGGUUCAAUCACUAAUGUUUGCUGAUUAAUUAGCUCUAAUGGUGCAAGAGAAGCACCCCCCAUAAUCAUUCUUUGUAGCAAAACGAUGCAUUUCAGGGCACAGAUCUGGCUGUGGGGCGAGAUCCUUUGCAGAUGAAUGGAUAAGCAGAAACCUUGAGACCUCCCCAUACAACCUGUUUACAUGCUAGUCCUAAUAACAGUGCAAUACCCAGCUUGGACCUGGGAAGUCCAGUCUCUCAAAAUCCAAGUCUGUUCCACUACAAGCGUCUGUUGUUUACCUGCCAGGACACCCAUUCUUAUUAAGUGUGGCUGCAGCCCAUGCCCCUCUCUAAACCAUCUGAUAUCGAGAGCACCCUUUGGGCUGUCCCUGCUGAGAUCUAGUUUCAGUCUCCCUGCUCUGCUAAAACAUUAACCUCAAGUGCUUCUUAACCAGGCAUCCCCAAACUGCGGCCCUCCAGAUGUUUUGGACUACAAUUCUCAUCUUCCCCGACCACUGGUCCUGUUAGCUAGGGAUCAUGGGAGUUGUAGGCCAAAACAUCUGGAGGGCCACAGUUUGGGGGGUGCCUUAACGUUUGCUAGAUUUUGCUGCUAAAUCACCCAUCACUUGCUCUUAGAGUACAGACUCGUGUGACAGCAUUUUGUGUUUGGUAAUGGAAGGGAAAGAGCCCAAAGUAGGUGCCCUAAACUACUUGUGCUUCUUGGACGUUGUUGGACUCCAUCGUCCCUCACCAUUGGCCAUGCUGGCCACUGAGGCUGCUGGGAGUUGGAAGCCCAUCAGCAUCCGGAUGCCCCCCCCCCCCCGGUGAUUUUGAGUUUAUGCUCAAAAACACUGUGUUCUGAAUCAAUGGCUUUUAGAAAUUUGAUUUCUUUCUCACUUUACAGCAUGACCAAAGAACUUAGCUAUUUUUUUUGUCCCCAAGUUAGUUGAUAGGUACCAUCUUUUCCUGAUGGGUAGCAGACUAUAGAGGUCAGCCGUUUUCUCCGGGGGGGGGGGGGAGCAUUAAGCAAUGAGAGUUGAAGUUAUCUCCUGAUCAUGAGGACUAGAACCAUGACCAUUUCCUCCCUGAAUCCUACAGGUUGUAGGUGGAAACACCGUCCCUGUCUCAUAGUGUUUCCCUUGGCUGAUAGAAAGAAUAGAUCUUGAAUUAUAUCCUUCUGACUUGCAGAAUUUGAUAUGGUUAUUCCUCUCCUUGCCCAUUCCACUUUGUUUUUCCCUUGAGUGGAAUUGUAUGGGUUCAUGGAUCAUAUAAAAAUGACACCCUGAUUAUAUUAUCUACAUACCAUACAAGGCAGUAGCAUAUGUACCUUUUAUGUUAAUAAUGUUGAAUUUAAAAAAUAAUAUAUAUGUGGUGCUUUUACACCCCAACCACUUUUGCGUGUUACAGUUUUGAAUUGUUCUAAACUUUUAUUCUCUCUCUGUCCUGCAAACUAUUAUUUAAAGGGAAAUAAUGCAGAUGUUUGGCAGAUGUUUGUUAGCAGGGAGUUGCGUUCAAAUCAAACAAGACCUUAAGAAAUGCAGGGCAGGGAACAAACUAAAAUACAGUCAGUUUGAUGGUUAAUGAGAAGCCCAUCGGAACGUCUGGAGGCAAGGAUUCAUUUUUAAGUAUAUAAAUAAAUUCAGGGACGCGCGGUAAUUCACACUCUUGAAUGUAGACAGAGACAGAUGUUGAAAUAAUUCCUUGUCUCGGGACUUCCAUUUGAGUGUAUAUAGGUAGCUCCUGAUAAUCUCAGUGAGUGCCGUUCAAUGGCUUACGCUAUGCUGCUAACUUUUGCAUGACGUUGUUUUAAAUCUUGUGCCUUUUCGUCUUUUCAAAGUCUCUGUCUUUGGAGCACCCUCAUUGUUGUCCCAGAGAGCAGUGUGGAAAACAUGUUUGUACGAUAUAGUAAUUGGGGUGUUCAGGUUUGAAUCAGGGGAACAUGUUUUCAAAUCGGGACACUCGAGUGUCAAAAGAGCUCCCCAAGUAUCUUCAGGAAAGGCCAGCUUUCAGCCUUGUUGUUAGGAUAAAACAGGGAACGGACCCUCAUACCGUAUAUAUUUGCCAAGGCAGGGCCAAAUGAAGUGUCAAGAUAAAAUUGAAGAUAAAAUUCUAACUCCAUUAGCAUAAUCUGGAAUUUCAUUGAUUUCAGAUGGGAUGUGACUUGUACCUACAUCUGAAGGGAAGGGGCUAAAGCACAAGGCAGGCAAAAACAGAUGUGGAGCUAUACUUAGAAGCAAGGAAGUUUAGGUUGCCGUUUGGAAGACUGUUCCAAGCUCUGGAUUUAAAUAGCACCAGGCUGCCUAGUCUUUUGUGUCCAGGGUGUUAGAGGGAAGCCUCUGUUUGGGAAAUCUCUCAAGAUUUACUGGGAUUGUCUGCUUCCUUAAAGUAGAUUCCUGAGCCACUCUGAGCUGCCUGAUCUUCUUGUCCAGGGACAUCCCAGGAACACCUCAACCCACUGCAAACCUGUGCCCUGGGCCUUAGGCCAUAUCUGCACCAUACAUUUAAAGCUCUAUGGUACCAUUUUAGGCAGCCAUGGCUUCCCCCAAUGAAUUCUGGGAGCCUUAGUUUGUUAUGGGUACUGAGAGCGGUUAGGAGACCCCCAUUACCCACUCAGAACUACAGUUCCCAGAGUUCCCUGGGAAAGAGGGAUUGGUUGCUGUAUUUCAAAAAGUAAAAUUCCUGACACCCGCAAAGUUGUGAGCUUUUUUUGUGGCGGGGGCGGGCGGACAAAAAUGGCACAGCACUUGUUUCGGGCACUGUGUGAAAUUGCAACCCCCCCCCAAAAAAAACCAUUUCGUAGGAGAGAUCAUGCCGUGAGAUCACAGCAACCCAAAUGGCCACUGUUCUCUUGCGAUAAGAAACAGGGUGUCCCUCUCCCCCCCCCCAGGACACUUGAGGGGUAUGUUAAAAUGUUAUAACACUGCUUUUAAAUGUUGGGUGCGGAUGUGGCCUAGCUGAGACCCUCAUCUGGACCUAGGAACAGUUCUUGAAAGACACUGUCUCCUUUCCUCCUUUCUGGCAUUGUAGGCUAACAUGAGCAGUUCUCUAACCAAACAGGGGUGAAUUAUUUUGUCUUUCCUUUCAGCCUGAUUGACAGCCUAGGGAACAUCAAUGGCUCUCCGGACGCGGCUAGUGGUGUUGGGGGUGAAGGGAGUUUUUGCCCAUCAACAUCUCUCUCCCCUCUAUCCCUGCCAUCAGUGGGAGCGGCCACAACCAGUGAAACCGGCCUCCCUGCUGCCCCCGAGAAGCCCAUCUCUUGUGUGUCUCUGCAUGAGUCCGUGUUCAGCAUGCGCCUCCCCUACUGCAAGAGAGGUGCAACAGGCACCCCUUCAUUGGACUCGCUGGGUAUUAAUUUCUCGCACCGCCCCAGACUAUCCCUCUGGAUGCAUUAGCUAGGUUUUGGUGCACGAUGCAGGAAUGAUUUCUUAUCAAAAAAACUUGUCUAUUAUUUAUUUAUUUCGUUACAUGUUUACCGUGGAGGGGCGGGAGGGAGGUACCGUUUAGAUUUUCUUGCCUUAGGCACCACCAAAUGUAUUGGGCCACCUCUGUCUAUAUGUCUGUAUGUAGAGGCUUCCUCUGAGCCAGACCAAAGAAUCAAUUUCAGAGCUUGUUCAUUGCCUCCGGAGUCACUGUAGCACUAGAAGUGGCCGUACUCUGUUCACAACAAGAAGUAGCUCGUGAAUCUCUGCUGCCGAAUUUCCAUAAAUCUCUGUUGUACCAGGUGAACCAUCUAAUUCUGUGAGGCGAAUAAUAUGGAAACUGUCUUCUAGAAUCUGGUUUCAAGUGGCGGGCAGCAUAGCAAGGCUAGUGAGUUGGCAACAUAGAUUGUCCUUUUUAAAAAUAAUAAUAUCUCCAAAAAGCACAAGCUGCUUCCUGUCCUGUUCUUUAGUGUUGUAAGCAGGCCUCCUGUUUUAGGUUUUUGGGAUGUGCGGCAGCAGAUAUUGUCUAGGAUUGCCACCUUUUUUUAACAGCACCCUCGCAUGCGCGUGCGCGCACAUACACACACACAAGUUUGUAGGCAGAGCAAAAUUUCUCAGCAUGGGGAGGAACUAGUGAGGGGAGGGGUCUUUUUCCUCCCCUCAUGUGACAUCUCAGCGGCUCUAUUUAGCUGUCAUUUAAAGGCGCAGGAGCAGGGCCAGAAAGAAAAGGUGGCAACCUCUGAUUCUAUCCGUUUAGGCUCUUCAAAUUGCAGAGCUUCUGUAAGUUCUAGAUCAGUGAUGGCCAAACUUGGCCCUCCAGCUGUUUUGGGACUACAACUCCCAUCACCCCUAGCUAACAGGACCAGUGGUCAGGGAUGAUGGGAAUUGUAGUCCCCAAACAGCUGGAGGGCCAAGUCUGGCCAUCCCUGUUCUAGAUUCUGGCGACAUGUUUACAUCUCUGGCGUUAAUGGGUCUCUCUUUCUUUUCGUCGCUGUUAAAUCUUUCCUUUUACCCCAGUUUUGAUUGCUCUAUAAACCUCCAAGUGGACCAACAGCACAAAUUAUUGGAUUGCGCUUUGGCAAUAUGACUCCUUGGCAGUAUGUUUGAUCAAUGCAGCAUGUGUUUCAUUUCUCCACACGCCCUGCCCCUUCCCAUAAAACUUUCUGGUGCACACACAUUUUAAACGACAAAACAAGCAGGUGAAAUCUCUUGUUUCCUCGUGUUCGCAUAUUGGUUUGCUUGUUUUUUUUUAUUCCUGUGUGUAUGUCUGUGUUUUCGAACUGAGAUAAUUAUGUAUUAAAUAUACAUUUCAUAGUAUCAUUUCAAUGAUGGGGAAGAAUCGCGCUUCCCACCCCACACACCCAGCUUUGCACCGCUCAUGAUGAAAGAAAUGGAUGAGUAGCUUAAGAAAUGCUUUACUUGCCUGAGAGAAAACCGGGGAGUGAAAUGUUCUGGAAUAUUUGUGUGUGUGUGUUGACUUUCAGGAAUCUUUUUUUUUUUUAAAGAAAAAGGAAGUUGAAUGCUGGAAAACGGUUGAAGAAGGAGAAAGCAAAUGGUUUUUAACUUUAAAUUUUUAAAAAAACUCUGCACACUUAACUGUGAGCAGAAUAGCAUUAUGGGUAAGAUACAGUGGGCACCUUUAAUGCUUUCUUUAAAUGAAGCAACUAUAUUUCCAAUACCAGCCUGUCGUGUUGACGCCCUUGUGUUUACAAACUGUGUGUACAUAUUUCUUGGGUUUUUGUUUUAUUUGUAUUUUAUUUUUAUUGUUUGGCAUAUUAUUCAGGUCGUUUGUUUGUUUUUUUUGCUUCAGUAAUAAAUGUUUUUAAUAGUUUUGGGGUUUAUUUCCUCUUUUUUGGGGGGGGGGGUCUUCACCUCGUCAUGUCCUUUGUAUAAUUGUACAUAGUACUUCAGUAUUAGAAGGAAGGAAGCAUUUGUUGACCUAUUUACGAUAUGUGUUGGUGCUCAUUUGAAAGAGAAAAGAAAUAAAAUAAUAAAAGUUUUCCAAUAUUAAAAA